AUGGCCCGACCAGCAAACUCGGACGACCCGUACGGGUCGACCAUUGUCUCAAAGACACACGAUGACACAUACCCCUUCAUCAACCCAGAGAGAGGCACCGCGACUAGUCUCAAAGUCUUAGUUACUGGAGCAUCCAAGGGCAUCGGGAGGGCGACCGUAAUCUCGUUUGCCAGAGCGGGAGCUUCUUCCAUCGCCAUGCUCGCUCGCUCCGACAUGGACAAUGUGGCUGAAGACGUGAGUAGAGCAGCGAAGGCAGCAGUUUAUGAGGUGCCCAAGAUCUUGAAACUAAGUGCCGAUAUGUCUGACCCUGGCGCUAUCGGCAAAGCAGUCGAAAUAGUGAAGCAAGAGUUUGGUUACCUAGACGUAGUCAUCAAUAACGCUUCCAGGCUCGAGAAUUGGGCUUCGCUUGCAGAUACAAACGUGGACGAGUGGUGGUUGACAUGGGAGGUUAAUCUGAAAGGAACUUACAUCGUCUCGCGAGCUACACUUCCAUUGCUGCUUCAGGGCGCUGGAGCUUUCGUUUCCCUACCUGGUGCGAGUGCGUGUCAAGGUAGCAAGACCGCUCAGAUCAGGCUGAAUGACUUCCUGCUCAGCGAAUAUGGAGACCAGGGAUUAAUCGCUUUCGCCAUUCACCCUGCAGGGGCCAAGACAGAGUCAGCUCUGAAGAUGCCCGAAGACAGCCAUCAUUACCUGACACAAACGCCCGAACUGGCGGCGGAUACGAUUGUAUGGAUGACCCGAGAGAGGAGGCAAUGGCUUAGCGGUCGAUUCGUAUACGGACCAGUUGACAUGGAAGAGUUAUUGGCGAAGAAGGACGAGAUUGUGCAAAAAGACCUCCUCAAGGUGAAGCUGACGGUUUGA